AUGAGUAAUAAGGAUACCCUAGUCAAGGAUAACGAGAAGGGAAACGCGCUGGGUGUUCAAGUGUCGGAUAUCGAUGGUGCUGAACAUGUCGAGCUCUAUGACUCCAGCUUGGAGUGGACUGAGCAUGAGGAAAAAACGUUGGUGAACCUGCUUGAUUUAAGUCUUUUGCCAUACAUUGGGCUGUUGAUCUUUGUUAACCAGUUGGAUCGUGCUAACAUUUCCAACGCAAUCACAAACACAUUCUUUGCUGAUACGGGGUCUGGUGUAAACGAAGUCUCGUACUCUACCAUGGUCUACCAAGUCGGCUUCAUUGUGUCGGAAAUCCCAAGUAGUAUUAUUAUGAGACGUGUUGGUGCUCAUAUCUGGCUGCCUACUCUUGCUGUUGGAUGGGGAGUCGUGUCGUUGCUGCAAACUUGGUUUCUUACUUCUGUCUCGUCUCUCUACACUUUCCGUUUCUUUGUCGGACUAUUCGAAGGUGGCUUCAUCCCCGGUACUGCAUUCCUCCUGACUCGCUUCUACAAGAAACGCGAAACUGCCGGUCGACUUUCUGUCUUCUGGGCCACUCAAGCUCUCACUACUGGUGUCGGAGGAAUAAUCGCAUUCGGCACCUUCUCCAACUUGUCUGGCCAUGACGGGCUUGCCGGCUGGCGAUGGUUUAUCUUGAUUGAAGCCGUCUUGACCAUCGGUGUUGCUCUUGGUGCUUUUAUUUACUUGCGAGAGUCUCCGGCCAAAUGGUGGGCGCUUACUAAAAGACAGCAGCAGAUUGCAGCUAAUCGUAUUGUCAAGGACGAUCCAUCAAAAGCAUAUCCCUUCCGUGCCGAAAUUACUCGCGAGGAAAUCGUGUCGGCUCUCACGGAUGUCAAUAUCUACUUUUAUGGCAUCUUGGCCUUCUUCUCUGCUAUUCCAAUCAAUUCUUUUGGUGGUUUCUUGCCUUAUAGUAUUGCCAACUUUGGAUUUGGAGGUCUUACGGCCAAUCUACUCUCUUUGCCACCAUACGUCGCCCUCUUCUUCUCCCUGCUGCUGUUCUCAUAUUCCAGUGACCGAACAUCUUCACGUGCAUUACACUCGUUCACCGCAGUCGUUGUCUUCGCCAUCGGUCUAAUCCUUGUCGAGGUGCUACAAUACACGAGUCCAAACAAGUACGCCCUCUACUUCAGCUCCAUCGUUGCUGUCGCUGGAUUCACAUCAUGGCAUGCCAUCAACGCUGCAUGGGUGACUGAAAACACAACCGGUCAAGGUCGAAGGACUGUUGCUUUAGCUGUCUACAUUAUAUUCACAAACCUCGCAGCAUUUGUAUCCGGCUGGAUAUACCGAUCGGACGAUGCACCAUCCUUCAAACGCGGCAACGGAAUCAACAUCGCUGCUACUCUGGUCGCUGCUUCUUUAUACCUGGUCCAACGAUACAGACUGAUUCAAAUCAACAAACAGCGGGCCACACAGUGGGAUUUGUUGACUGAUAUUGAAAAGGAGGUUUAUGCUAAAGAGCAUCCUGCGGGAUCUGAUGAUCGUAGACUGAAUUUUGUGUAUAAUUACUGA